CUCCAGAUUUCAUCAAGGCAAAAUAAAGGAAGGAAUCCACAUUCCCCAGUCAGAUUUCUUCCUCAACUUCCAGAGGUGAGUCUCUUCUUUAAAAUUAAUUUGUUGUUAAGGAAAUGGGUAUUAAACUGCAACAUCAUCGUGUUUUUUACUUCUAUCAGAGAUGCAAUGUAAACUUCUGUCUCUUAUGAAAAUAAUGACGAUAGGACUGAUUGGAGUCCAGUUUGGUCUGUAAUCAAAGGAGUUACAAACAAUAUUAAACAGGACGACUGUGUAGCGGGAGUCUGAUUUGUUUAAUCACGAGUAUGAUUACAGACCAAAUUGGAUGACACAAAGUUCUGUUAUCAAUUAAUCAUAACUAUAAUAAUUUGUGAUAUUUUAGGCUUUUUAAAAUCAAAACACAAGAAAUUCUGAGAGAUUUUUUGUCCGCUGUGAAAAAAGCCAUUUACAAGUAAGCAUGUACCUGAUGGUAACUGUACUGUCCAAUAAUUACUUAGUCAUGAUGCGUAUUGACCUAUUACACUGUCCUACAAAAAUGUAUUAGUAUGUGUAAUCAAAUGGUGACGAGUGAAAUUAGGGAAUAAUUUCACGCGUUUUGUCCAAAUCCUAAAAUUUAUUAGAAUAAAAUUAUUAGGAUUUGGACAAACGCAAGUGAAAUUAUCCCCUAAUUUCACGAGUAUACCAUUUGAUUACCUAUUAAUAUCAUGGGUGACGAAUUACGUUGGCAAUCUUGGAUUUUUGACAUGUUUAUCCUGGAUCGUAUUGAUCGAGAGCUCCUGCACUCUCUCGAACGUUUAGAGCUUAAAUUUGGCUUAACUUCAGAGUUUUUCGACAAAAUACCUGUUAGAAUGACCUUCUUGAUGUGCUCUUUCGUGUGUUCAGGUUUUCUAAAGCGUCUUUAACUGCCCUGACAUCUUCAUUCAUGACAUUUUAAAACUUCGUCGCCAUCUUGACACCGAGACAUACGUUAGGUUGCCAUGGCAAUUUAAUUUCACAUGUGAAAUUACAAAUAAACGCUGAAAUUUCGCGCCAAAAUUAAGGAAUAAUUCGUCACGUUUGAUAUUAGUGCUGAAAUCAGGACAGUUGAUAGUCAAUCAGAUUUGUGAAUAGUUUUGUUAUAGUUAUGAUUAGUAUGUGUAAUCAAAUGGUGACGAGUGAAAUUAUUCCCUAAUUUCACGAGUAUACCAUUUGAUUUCCUAUUAAUAAUUACAUUAGCAAUCUUGGAUUUUUGACGUGUUUAUCCUGGAUCGUAUCGAUCGAGAACUCCACUCUCUCAAAUGUUUAGACCUUGAAUUUGGCUUAUAAAGUUCAGAAUUUUUCAGACUUUUUCGGCAAAAUACCUGUUAGAAUCCUUCUUGAUGUUCUCUUAUGUGUUCAGGUUUUCUGAAGCGUCUUUCUAUGCUCUGACAUCUUCAUUCACAGCAUUUUAAAACUUUGUCGCCAUCUUGACACUGAGACGUAUGGAAGGGUUGCCAUGGCAAUUUUCUAAUUUCACAUGUGAAAUUAUAAAUUAACGCUGAAAUUUUGUGCCAGAAUUAAGGAGUAAUUUGUCACUUAUGAUAUUACACUAGAAAUACAUGUAUCUCAGAGCCUUGCAAGUUUGAGGGAGGAGUUAGGCUUGUAAAAUGUCAGGGAUGGGAGGGUAGGAGAGAAAUGGAGUCAAUUGUGUAAUAACUAUUGUAGUUUCAAAAGUUAAGGUACAAGUACUUUAUAUUUAAAAUAAAAAUACUGUGCAUUAGUACAAAUGAUUUUUUUGUCCCUGUCAUUAACUUACCUUUUUUAAAAGUGCAAUAUUUAAAGAAAAAUAUGCUGUAGUGAAGAGCAGUGAAUUUUUUUGCUUUGGACAAUUUAGACAUGUUUUAUUUUUGUGUUUAGUCAUUGUUUGUUAUCAAAAUUAUAUUGUUAUUCUAGACUCGCAGUAAACCUGCCUGGCAGCAGACUGCUCCUUCAUUCCAGCUUAGUCCAAACAAAAGAAUUUCAGUGGAUGUAGAUGAUGAAGGCUAUUCUGCAUUGGGUCAGUUUAAAGUAUAUACAGUCAUAGACCUCUUACAUAGCACCUUCUAAGAGUAGAAAAGGUGAAGCUGCCACUAAGGAGGAAAGUGGAGAGUUUAAACAGCAUUUAGGUGGCAGUAAUGUAAGCUGUCUGCUUAUGAGAGUGCUAGUUAAGAGGGCUUUGAUUGUACAUAGAGAAUUGAAUAGCUAGACGUUUGCUUUAAAAUUUAAGUAGUCUCCUUGACGUUUUUUGAUAAGUGGAGAAAAAUGUUUGCAUUUUCAUUAAAGGGGAGCUGUCUAUUUGUUCUGAAUUAAAGAUAAUCAUCAUAAGAAGUUGGGGAUGGAAGCAUACAAUUUAAGAAGUGCUAGGAAACAUCUAUACGGACUAAUAAUACUUGUAACUAAGGAUCAGACAUUUCUGGAAGACUGCCCACCUUAACCCUCCCCUAAGCCAACAUUAACACUUACCUCCCACUUAGUGCAAAAUGUUGGCUUAGGGGAGGGGUAGGUGGGCAGUUUCCCAGAAACGUAUAAUGAUCAGUAACUAGGAAGCCAUGAUGAACUAAAGUGGAUCACUGACAAAAUGACUUUUAGCAGAAACAGUAAGAAUCAUACUUAAAUUUGCUUUUAAUAUUAAUUCUUGGCAUGGCCUGCUUUUGUGUAGUUCUUCAUUUAUCACCUGUAAUGGAAAACCAAUGGGAAAAUAAAAUUAUUUCCAGUUUAAUAAAAAAAAUAAUGGAAGGUGAAGAACCAGUAUGUCUGUUACUUAACAAUUAAUGAAUGAGGCUGAGUAUCUUAUGAAGAAUUAUGGAGAUCGAGGAGGGUGUUAUCCAUCGAGGCCGUAGGCCGAGGCGGAUAACACCCUCCGAGAUCUCCAUAAUUCUUCAUAUGAUACGAAAGCCGAAUUCAAUAAUUGUUUUAUUAUUCAUUCAAAAUAAUUCCUAGUUUAAAAACAUGGCUAAAACAUGCUAACCUCCAUUGCUCCAUCAAUGUUAAGUUCAUCUUCGAUACUGCACGUUUAGGUUUGUCCAGCUCUGCAAAUAUUAUCCAAAUAGCAGAUGUCGCCCUUCGAGUUGUCAUCGUGCUGUUCUUGCCAUGUUUUUAGCUAUGUUUUCGCCUAGUUCUUACUCUUGAAACGAGUGAAAUGGCCGCCAUUUUUCAAGUCCACAACCGAAACAACUCAACCUCGUCCCCAGGUCUUCUCGGUUAACGGUGCAUUUUUGACGUCAUUUCCUCGUUAAACACAAAAUUCUUUCAAAUUUGGUCAUCAGUGACUGCUUAUGGUGAAUUAAACGUGCGCUUUUAGCCAAUCAGAAUCGGGAAAAUAUUUUAAAUGAAUAAUAAAUGUCUUUAAUGUGCAGUGCUAAUAUAAGUUGUCUAAUUUAUUGUUAUAAUUGAUGCUGUUAGGUUAUGGGAAAAAAGCAAAACAUAUGCGAAGUAAAACAUGGGAUGUUGGAAAUGGUAGAGUUUCACCACCAAGUCCCCCUGCAACAAAUGGCAAAAAGAUAGCAUCAUAUGCACCUAAGAAAGACAGAGAGUCAUUCCGUAGGGCUCUUGUUAGCAUUAUCAGGUAAUUUUUCUAGGCAUACAAUUUGAUUUUCAAGUACAGUAGUACAGUAGAAAUGUAAAUUGUUGUGUAUUGUUUGUUUGCAGUUUUAAAUUAAGGUCUGUACUGUGCCAUUGCUGUCUUGUUCAUUUUGUUAAUUAGUGUCAACUGUGCAUGCUUGUUUCCCAUGAAACAUAAGAAAUUGCUUUUAAAUAGCAAAAUCGCGACUUUGACUAAAAAAAAUAUGCCCUCAUACAUAUCACGGGUAAUUGCAAUAAUAUUAUUAGAAAUGUCAACUUUAAAAAACUACAGGCUAACAAGUUUUCAAAAACCAUGAUUGUGAUACAUUUUGUUUUCUUCAAAGUUUGUCCAUAGAUUCAACUGCUUUUUUUUUAUGCUCAGUUUUUUUUAUACUUUUUUAAUGUUUCUAGAGGUUAAAAAAAUUUUUCCACUGAACUGGUUGCAGGUCCCUGUGACUCGUUGAAUUUUGAUAAAAUUUUGUGACACAGCAGAGACAUAUGUUUUAUACUGUUCUUCUCUGUGUUUUUCUUACAGGCAAAACGAGGGAACUCCUCCAGUGCGUCCAUCAUCAGCGGGAGAACUGCCUCCAUUGGAGAGAGCUGGUUCCCCUACCAGCGCUGAAAAGGAUAUCUUGGUAUGUUACCUAUCCCAUGAAGGUCAUUUAGAGAGAUUUUGCUUGUGAUGUUUUAUAUGAAAACUAAAAGUUGAAUGCUGUACUUCUUUAGGAGCAGUAUAUAUGUAACAGGUCAAAUUUGAUUUCAGGUUAAAUUUUUUUAACAUUACAUAGGUUGAUUCUCAAUUUUCUUUGUCUCCUAGCCCUGAUUAUGCAUGAAUUAGGGUUAGAAACAAAGGAAAUUGAGAAUCAACCUAGGUUAAAUUAAAAUUAACCUAAGAUCAAAUUUGACCAGUAACAUAUACACAAUAAUAAUUCCUUACAAUAUCAAUAGUACAUGUACAUGCAUGUAUAUUGACCUAAUUUACAUUAGUACAUUUUUAAUAGUUUUUUUUCCCGUAUUUGUUGAAAUCUUGCAAGGGGAGUUUGCCUGCUAACAUGUACAGCUGUACAACUGUAUAUUCUACAGAAAGAUAGUUACUGCUUUUUAAAAAAGGGAGAGAAAAAAUAUGAUUGGUUACCAUUCUUUAAGAGAAAGCAAAGACCUCUUUGGGGAGGUCUGGCCUUUGGGCAAAAGCCGCCAUUUUAUUAAUCUUAAUAUUGGCCUCAGCUAAUCAACCAUGAAAUUAUGUGCAGUAAUUAACACUUACAAUUUUGAUAUGAAUUUAAAUAGAUCCUCAUGGGAAUCUUUCUUGUUUGUUUUACCAGCGUUAUAACUUUUACAUUUACCAUGGAAUAGACACAGAGCAUGUGGCUCCCAUGGAAGACUCAUGGCUUGAUCAUGUUCUACAACUUGUUCCACAGAGUCUGAAGGUAAGUGCGAUUCCCCAGGUUGACCUCAAAUCUCAAUCUAAUCCUUUCUCUGUAGCUUUAAGUACAUUUAGCUUUUAAAAGCCAUAGAACAGUGCAGGGCAUUAAUGGAGAGAGUGUUGGGGAGCGGGGGGAGUUCGUUAAAAUGAGCAUGCUGUCGAUCUCAGGUUUGUUAGUCAAAUGACUUCGAGCUACCGAUGUAUAAGGAUUCUUUACCUUCUUUUUUCUUUAUUCUACUUGAUAAUCUCUAUCAAAAAAGUAUACAAUAGUUAUCUCCAAACUUGUGUCUCUAAGCAGAGCAGAGCUAGAAUACAUACCACUCCCAAUUUAAUUUCAAACAGUCACUUUAAAGACAGUAAGGCAGGCAAGCUACAGUGUAUAUGCAAAUAGUCAAAUCUAUGGUACUUUUGCUUCAGUCUGUUAUAAAAAUUGUGACCUUCUUUUGGAAAAUGUAAGUUAACUAAAUGGCCUUUGUUUGUAAGUGUUCAUCAGUGUACUUAAGGUUUUUCUCAAUAUUCAUGCAGUAUGGGCUUGAAGUUAAUUAAGUGUAGACUUAAAUAAUUUAAUUUUAUUAACUUUCAGGAUGGAUUUGAUGUGUGUAUAGAAAAUCUUUCAGAUGAAAUGAAAGAAGAUUACUUACUAAGUGUAAAGAAGGCAAUAGGUAAGGAAAUAUGCAGGAAAUACCUGGAUACCAACACAUACUUGCAAUGUAUUUUGUUUCUUUCUUGUGUCACACUUCAAUACAUUAUUCUAGUCAAAGGUGUAAGACUUACACCCAAGUUUUGUGAUAAGUUAGUGGAACAAACUUGUUCAAAAUUUAUUAUUAGCACAGCCACAUAUAUAAAGACAAAGUUUGGGUGGGAUUGAAUUUAUAGCCUGCGAAUUAGUGCACAAUAUCGUGUUCGAAUCCCGUAGAGUCGCAAAGAAAUAUGUCGGCGUUAUUGAUUGGCUAUUUUCUUUCGCAGUUUGUGAUUAGUCCGAUUUGAAUUAAGCGUUGACAGGCCAAACAUGACUCAUAGCUCGUGACCAGAGAGAUUGAGCUCGUGAUAGUGUGAAACGUGACUUUAGAGACCCCUAGAGUAGCUUGAACAACAGAUGUUUUUCUUCCUCUCUUUUUGCGUAAUUUAUACAGUGCGUGGAGUAUUCUACAAUUUGACUGAGCAAAUUUUUUUUUGCCGCUUUGAGUCUCACCUUUAGCUACAUUUAGAGGAUGUGAAGCUGGUCUGUUUCAUACAUAUUGAGUAAUUAGUUCCUGUAGUUUAUUUUUUGGCAAAUGUUUUCUAAGACGAUUUGAUCACAGAUGCAUAAAUGAUUUUCUUUUACCUCUGAUUAAGCCUUAAGCUUCUUUAUUGCGGCUAAAUAACCUUAGUUUCUUUGGUUUUCAACGAAACGCUUGGACGUGAACAGCUACAUGUGUGUAGUUUUUUUUUCUAUCGUGAAUAACGUGAUGAUUUCUUCAUUUGUUUUGACUCUAGAACUGUCAGCUAAAUUACAGAAUACGCAGUAGUACAUCUGCAGCGAUUGGAAGACGCUGGGAAACCAGCCGGCAAAUUUACUAGCAAAUUCUGGCCUUGAAGGAAUUAUCUCAAAGCGUUUUUUUGCUCAGAAGACGGCUCUAAAGUUCGAACUACUCUUUCAUUGUUCACUGUAAACAAUCCUUGCCAACUCCCUUCUGUGAAUUUUGACAUGUCACUGCGCCCAACCGUCACGCACACGUAAAAAUAAGGCCAAUCGUGCGGCUCGUAAGAAACCCGUAAGAAACCCGCCUAUCAGAAACGCUCACAUAUGUCCUUGCGACUCUGCAGGAUAUUAGAACGAGCUUUUGUGCACUAAUUCGCAGACGGACUAUACAAAGGGUUUAGAUGAGUGCGUGGGCCGGCUGCAACGCAGGCUAUGAAUUUAUAGAUAGUUACAAAACUGAAUUUUGUCUAGCAUGUACCCUUUUUUAAUCCAUGUGAUGUGCUGUUUGGUAAGUUUCUGUUUUUUUGUGUGUAGUUGAUUUUGUGCUGAGAGAUCCACGAGAAAAAGAUGAUGACAAAAAAGAAGAAGUUCUGGAUUACAAACUCGAGUAAGUGGAAUUAAUACAGCUUUAAUUAUAAAUAAUCGUUAUUAGCAUUAUUAAAGAAUAUGCAAGUUUCAAGUUUCUUUCUACACCACGAACUUAGUAAGUGGAGAACAGCUAGGAAUUUCUUUCUGUUUCGUUUUUCCAUUAAUUGUUUUCUAGGAGAGUAGCCAUGGGUUGUGCUCAUAGUAGCUUGGGGAAUUCCCUGGCCCCAGGGGGGUGGGGUUUGCAAAGUUAUUCCGUGCUCUCUCCAUAAUAAAAUUGUGUUUUAUGUUGAUUACAAUUUAUAAACAAAUGUACAGUUACUGGACAGGUGUUAUUAAUCCACUAGGCUGAUGCAGGUUCCAAAGCCUUGGUACAGGUCAUACGUCACUGCAAAGGCUGCUAUGCAACAAGACCUGUUUGGAACCAACCCAACAAUGGCUGCUGUGUUGGAUCUUUGGUACAAAACUUUUGGGUGAGUGGAAAAAGUAAAUUAACCCUUUAAACACUAAGAUCAAAAUUUGAAAUCUCAUUUGUUACUCCUAUUCAUUUCCCACAGAUGUAGUGGGGAGAAGUUGAUAAAGUAUUUUAAAAGCAAAUUCAUCUUGUGUUUUUCAUGACCACUUUGUUUUACAGAGCAUUGAUAUUACAAGAGAAAUUUGAUGCUGAUCACUCAUAGAGCUUCGAGGGUUAAUGUCAUUUCUUUCUAAUUCCUGAAGCAUUUUAGGUGGUUGUUUUUUUUUUGCGUUUUAUUUUUUAAUACAUUCUUUUUGUUUUAAUAUUUGUUUGCAUGAAGUAACCUGAGGCUUGUGGAUAUUCAUGAUAUUCAGUCGAGACCUGAAGCACUGGAGCUUGCCAUGUUCCAAAAUGUUGUUAUGAGACACAUAGAAAUCGCCAAGGAAACACUCUUAAAGAAGUAUGUAUACUCAAUGAGAGAAUUAUUCAUUUGUCUUGUUUUCUCCCAUGAUUAAAUGUAUAGGUCCAGAAAAUAUCCAUUCUCCCCCCACAGGAAGGAUUGGAAAUUCCUGGGGGCUGGGGGGUUCUCAAACGCCCAACAAUUUAAGUAAAUGUAUGAAGCUUGACUGGAAUUUCCAGAGAGGUGGGGAGUGGGGGAUCUAAUGAAAAAUCCCUUCCUUGGGGAAGGUAUGGAUAAUUUUUGGAACCACACAACACCGUUUACCAUCUAUUGAGCAGUCCCCUUCUCAAACAAGCCCCUCUUUUCAGGGGAAGGAAGUUAUUUACUGUCUGUCCCCCCCCCCCCCUCCUUAUUCCUAAAUAUAUCUAGACUUUAUCAACUUAUGACAAUAUCACUGUUCUGUAACACUGAUUCAUUAUGGUUUAUUUACAUGCUGGAAGUUCAGUUUUUUUGUUUUUGAUCAUUGGUUUCAUGACGUCAAACUUCACUUCCCCGCGCUCUUCUACUUUUCAUACCAGUUCUUUUAUUAUGGAGAAUUGAGCAUCAUCUUUGCUAAAUCAAAUACGUUUCUCCCCUCAGAAAGCUGCCCUGUCUGCUCACACUUGCUUGAAUUAAAAUAUCAAGCUCCCCCUUGGGAGCUUCAUAGAGAAUUUUUGGGAUCUAUAUUUUGAUGAUUAACUUUGGUUUUUUAUUUCCCAAAGGUGGUUUCCAGAAGUGCAAAAUAUCUACUAUCAAGGAAACAAGCGCAAGCAAGUACCAAGCAACCAGAAUGCUAAACGACUUGAGUCAUUCUUUAAUGCUGCGGCAGUAUUGAUGACUAAUCAACUACAGAUGUUGGCUCUUAAUUCAAUUGAUGACUUCACCAAGUUGUUUUGUCCUCCACCUGUAAGAUUUUGGUUUUGUUUCUAUAUUGGUGCUGAAAGAGUACUUAUUUCAAUCUUACAGUACAUGGUAGUUUAUCUGUAACCAUGCGGAGAUAAAUGCACAGUCAUGUUUCAAUUAAUUUACCAGUCUGUCAGUCAAUCAUGAUCAGCUACAGUUGUGUGUGUGCAAAUGUAGUUGGUACCCAUUCAUUUUAUCUGGCAAUUGGUUAUUUGUUGCUAAGACAGUCAGUCAGUCUAUAAGUUAAUCAGGCAGUCAGUGAGUCUGUCAGUCAGUCAGCCAAUCAGUCACUCAGUUAGUCAUUGAUAUACUCCACUGACUCACUAACAGACUAGCUGACUUGCUGACUGACAUGUAUCAGUCAGCUUGUUAAAUCAACCUGUCACCUUUAGUUUUUUAAAGUCAGUUAGUGAAUCAGUCAGUCAGUGCCAAAUCAGUCGGCAUACAGCUGUAGGCUAUUAUAAACUGAUAUAUGUACAUGUAUGCAAAGAUGCCACUUCAUCAAUAUAUUUGUAGGAAAUAGUAUAUAUAGAUAGUAAAACAGUUUUACUGAAAUGUCUUUUUUGUUGUCUUACAACAGGAUUCUGUCAGAGCUUUUGAACACCCUGGCUUUAUUAUGAGAUUGGUAUUGGAGGGUGACACAGUUAAAUUUGAGCCUGAUUUUAAAGACUUUGAGGUAUUUAUUAAAUUUAAUUCAGUUGUUUAUCAAUUAAAAUUUAUUUUAAUGAUCAACCCAAUAAUACAAUGUAACAGGGUCUUUGUGAUUUUUUAAUUUAACUUUGUAACUGGUUGAUUACUUUUCAUCUUUAAAUAAUGGUGUGUUUGUGUUGGUGUACAUGUAAAUUCAAGGGGGUGGUUCUAUGUCACUGUACAUCUUUACAACAUUAUUUCGACAUGCUUGAAUCUGGAUUAUAUUUUUAACUAUACAAUAUUAUUAUGAAUUUUUCUAUAGCAGAUUUUCAUUUGAUUAAGAGUUUGAUUUAUUAAUAUUACAGGUUGUUUUGUUGAAUGUCUAUGAUGUUAUGAUCAAGGCUGUGAUGGUUGUUCCAAGAGUUGAAACUAAACUUUAUUCAGAAUGGGUAAGUGUUUAGCAAGUACAUUUACUACUAGUAAUGAGUAGGUUAGACAUCAUUAAUGUGAUGUCUCCAGAUCACUAACAAUUCAAUCAAUAAUAUUAUUUACUUAUGUCAAUUUUCUUUUUUUUUAUCAGUCUGGAACAAAGAAGACUCUGAAACCAGUUGUCUCAGAUGAAAUUGUCAAUGAAGCGAAGGCAAAGGUGUGUAAUACUGCACCAGGGUGGGGGUGGGGGUGGGGGGUCAUCAACAAAUGUUUAAACACAGGGAGGCUCUGCCCCAAGGUUGUAACCCUCACUCUUUUGUAUAUACCAUUUGUCAUGUAUGCCUUCUAUUGACAAAUGGUACCCCUUUCACAAACCUUGUUUAGAGCUUUGUGUCCCUUUUAACUGCAUUGUCUUUUAAGUAGGAAUCAAUCACAAAAAUAGAAUGUUUUGCCAACUUUUAAAGCCAUAAAAUUCAUCUGUUAGCCCUUUUGGGCCCAUUUACAUGUCCAAAUGACAGUUUUCCCUCCCCUUUUAUAUACUUCCAAUAGUGAAAUCCCUUUCAUGUACCUGAAGCCUGAAAGAAGUGCCCUUUCGGGCGAAGCCUUCCCGUAUUGGCCAUCAUAAGGAGUUCCCUCCCCCCCGGGUACUGAUGUUCACCUACAUGUAUAAAGCAUUUCUUCACAUGGCCAGCAUCUAUGCUAAUUUAUUGGAACACAAGAAACCAUUUACCUGAGAAGAGUUCAACUCCCACAAGAUUGCUAAAUGGUACAUCAACAUGGCCGCUGUUUAAUUUUUUUAGAACAUAAGUGUGGGUCGCUGUGAUGUCAUGUGACGAUGCUCUAUGAAAAUGGCAGAAUUUGACUGAAAGCAAAUUAGACAUUAUACUGUACCAAUAAAACUGGGUUUGUUUAAAACGUUUGCAUGCAGUUUGUUCCCGUAAUAUUCUUUAAACUAUACUCGUCACUUUUCACUAUGUGUAGGUGUGCAUUUAUUGUCAUGAUCUAUGGAGUAUUUUGAACAAUUUUUCCACACCAGGUGAAAGCUGUAAUAGCCAAGGAAAUGGCUGGGCCCAAAGAACAUUUAAAGUUUUACGACAAGUUCAAGGACCUCAUAAGUAGAAAGGUGUUUAUUAAUUAAGGCUAUUUUUGUUAUGAUUUUUAUUAACUGAUCACUCAGCUGUUUAGAGUCUGAAAAUUUCCUAUAAAGCUGUUUUUUAUGAUUGUCACAUCACUUAUUUUAUUCUCAUUGUGGUCACACAAACUCAACAAAUGCAAUGCAAAAAUUUCACUUGUAGUUGGCUUGUUUGAAUUUUAUCCACAUAGCACAGUUCAGGUGGCAAGUUUAUCCCAAGCACACUGCAAAUAAUUCUGUAACCUUUCAAAGUUCUAUUUAUAAAUCUUAAUUGUUGAGUCAGUCUGGCACUACAUAAACUGUAAGUAUAUCAAGCAGAGACCAAAAGUUACAAUGACCUCAGCUUGUAACUCAGCAUUUGCACUGGUAGCUUAGCUCAGAUUUCUUUCCUAAGUCGCAUUUAAUAAAUCACUGACUGAAAAGCAUUAUUUAAAAGUUGUUGUUCUCUUGAAGGCUGAAGCAGACAUUGAUCAGUUUAUGUUGGAAGGGCACAAGUUUCCAAGGUUUGCAAAGGUAAAAAAUGUUUCCUUGGAAAUAGUAGCUUAUGAUUUCACUGCAUGCACAAAAAAUUUAAUAAUAAAUAUCAUAAUGUUCUUUAUUUCUUGGAAUAAGUUUCACAUUGUAUUAUUAUUUUGAUUUUUUAGGAAGUGGAGAAGUAUGCCAAGUUGGUUGAUAGCAUUCAAUAUAACUCUCAGAAGGUUUGUUUGCCAAAGCUGAACAUUUUCUUAUUAUCCAAGGCAGAUUUAGCAAAGACUUAGCAAAGAUUUAGUAAUGUGAUGACCCUAAUGCUUGGGAACUCUUAUACAGAAAGCCAUGUACUAACCAACUUUGCUUAACCUUACUUCAACAAGAGUUAGAUAGAAAAAAACCCUGCUUGUUUUCCUUUCUGGGAAUGUACAGUUCAACUUUAAGUGGUAAUAGCACUCCCCAAAACUGCUAUCAAGACAAGUUUACUCAUCAACAAUUUGACAUUAUUUACAAGGGUCUCUGAUCCUUUGCCAGUUUAUUUGGGGUAAUGGACUGAGUAAAGGUAUUAUGGUCAUCUUGACGCUGACAAUCAUCAUUAACCUCACCAUUAUCAUUUUCUUCAUCAUCAACAACAUAAUCAUCGUGAUAGCUAUUUUUAUCAUCAUCAUCAUCAUCGUCAUCAACCUUGUCAUUGUUGUCAUCAUCAUCAUUGUUAUAAACAUCAUUGUGAUUAUCAUCUUCCUACUCUUUCAGGGUCCCUAGUGGGGUUCUUCAAUCCCGUAGUCCCAACUCAUAAUUUCGUGCAAUUCGGUAGUUUUAAUUUUUGAUUUUUGGCAUCCAACUUCCAUGUACACUUUCAAAUCCUCCUCCUCCUCCUCCUUCUCAUCAUCCUCAUCAUUGUUAGCAUGUUGAAUUAGAUUUGUAAACAAACAAUAUUUUUAACCCUCCACUAGUGACUAACAUCAAUUUUAUUUUUCUCCUAAUGAUAUCCAUACAUUGUCAAGAGAUUAGGUCAUGAGAAUCAAUUAAAUGAUCACCUAAGAGAAAAUACUUUGAUCUUUUGAUCAAAUUCUCUCAACUAAUUUUUUAGGGAAAUAUAUAGAGAUCCAUUUGGAGAAUUUGUAUGUGGAUACUGGGGCUUAAAGGGUUAAUGUUCACCUUAUGCUGUACAUGUACAUAGGUUAUAAGAGUUGGUAUGUUUGAGCUGCACUGUGAUGAACUGAUCAGAGCAUUAGCUAAGAGAGCUGACAGCUUAAGAACUAAACUGCUUCAGAGAAUGAGCAAGGAUCAUCAGCUUCUCAACAAAAGGUAAUGGACUUUAGGGCGAUCAUUACACGUUUCUGGCAAACUGCCCACCUACCUCUCCCCUAAGCCAACAUUUUGCCCUAAGUGAGAAGUAAGUGUUAAUGUUGGCUUAAGGGAGGGGUAGGUGGGCAGUUUCCCAGAAACGUGUGAUGAUCUGAAAUAUCAAGGCAGCUUGAAUAAUCAGGACUGUCACUAGGACAGGACUGUCAAUUUGUCCUACCUUCUAUCAGCGUAACCCCCGGCUGCUUUCAUAGGAAAGGAAGGAAAAGAGAACCAAGAGAACCUCCCAGCCAUUCAUUUUCUCACCUAAUGAUUACAUAAACCCAGUAAUUUGAAAAUGCCGUGACAUCCAUAAAAUAUGUAUGAGAAUUUCACUUUUUCUAGUAUAUCAUCCAAGUUAUUGCAUACUAAGGAAAUAUAUUGAUCAUAGGUGUUGGAUAUGAGAAUAUCAACUACAAGGAAGCACAAAAACCAUCAAUUUGUUUCUUGCUAGAAGUGCUAGCCUUGUGUCAAAGCUAAUCUAGUGAUUUAAUUAACCCUUUCAUUGCCAGAGUGCUUGAUGGAGUUUUGAAAGGUGACUGUAACUUUUGCGUUUGUGGACGAAAUCCUAUGAUGUGACCAUUCAAAUGGAAGCUCCCUGCCUGUACUUACACAUGGUACUUUUUGUUUUUCAAAAUGUUAGAAAAUGAAAUUUGGAAAUCUGCUCGAAAUUUGCCUUUAACUAUGUUUGGCAAUGAAAGGGUUAAUUUAUACAUUGUACUUUGUAGUUUGUAGGUUUUGUAACUAGGAUUCCACAAUUUUACUUUGUUGUAGGCUUUGUGAAGAGUAUGAGAAAAUAGCAGAAAAAGCCUUAACAUCUCCUGCCAACACUGAGCAUCUCAUGGAACUCAAGGUACAGCUUAUUUUUUUUUUAAUUCAAUUUGAUUUUUUUAAUUUUAUAAGCCACGCAAUGUUACAAAUUGAAAAAAAAAAAAGGAGAGGAGAGGUGAGGAGACCUAACAGAAACUAUAGGAGUUAUGAGAGGUUAGGCCUCCUCAAACUUUGGCAUUAACUGCGUUGAGCUCAGAUGAACUCAGAACAGCUAGAACACUGCUAUUGGCAUUGAGGUGUGCCACAAACAAAGGAGCAGUCAUUUAAUUUUUUUCUUAAUGUGAGGAUUUUUGUUCCUUGGCCAUGAAACCAUAGCCUGGCACCAGGCUCUGUUGUGGGGAAUCAUUAAAGACAAAAAAUGGGGUGAAACAGCAACAAAAACGGCGGUGAAGCCAGCAGAGACUGAGUGGUGUCCUUAUUCCCUUUUCCAGAUCGCUAGACUACUGCCUGGCUCACCAUUGUUCACUGAUUUCUCUUUUUUGCCUUUUUUCCUGUUGGGGAGCCUAAUCCCAGGCCAUGAAACUGCGGCUGAAUAGAUAGUUUUCCUAACACUGAGUAGUGCAUGCGCGCAAAACAUCAUUUUGGCGGCAAAAUGUGAUAGCUGUCACCAUUCUACUAUGAAUUUUAGUGAGAAUGUUGUAGUAGCAAAAACAAGUUAUCAGAUGUUAGAAAUUUGGUCAUAUAGCGAUUGGGAGAUCUAGAGGGCUUUGUCUCCUUCAACGGAACUGAACGUACUAACUUUUGUGGUCAGAAAAGUACAAUGAAGCUUUCCGGGGUGUCUAUUUUAGAGGGAGAACGGGCGAGAAAACUUAAAAUUAAAUGUCGUCCUCGAAUCUAAAGCUCUCUAAUAACUUGCUUGUCCAGCCCCAAUUAUUCAAAAGGUGAUAAUGCGAUCCACUUAAAGGGAACCUCCACUUCAACAAAAACAUAACUUUAAAUCACAGGAAAUAACUGUUACAGUCAAGUCAAUCUAAAAUAUUUUUAAAGAAAGCGUUUGUAUCCGAAAGAAAUAACUUUUAGAUUCGCCUAUUUUUGUUUUCAAAUUUUGUGGGCGUCGCCAUCUUGAAUAAUUGCGAAGUGUUACGGUUGCCCUAUUGUUAUUAAACAAAAGCUCUUUGUGUCAGAACAAUAGAGCAACCAUUACACGUCACAAUUAUUCAAGAUGGCGGCGCCCGGGAAAUUUGAAAGUGAAAAUAAGCGAUUUUAAAAUUCACUUUUCUUGAUAUAAACACUUUUUUUAAGAACAAAUUUCGAACAAAUUUGUUUAUCAACAUAAUUUUAUUCGAUUUAAACUUAUUCUGUAGUAAGAGUGGAGGUUCCCUUUAAUAAAUCUCCUUCAGGCUGCUUAUUGUUACAUAUCAAUAAUGUCUAUGUAUUUUAUUUUAUUUUUAGAACUACAUUGAGCAGGUUGAGAAUGAAACUAUCUUUGACCUUGAGAAAAGACUUGUUGACACCAAGAACAGACUUGUCUUUUUGGUAAGCAAAAUUGCCAUUUGGUAAUUCAAUAUAAUUAUUAUGGUGUUCAUGUAAAAUAGUAGUCAAAAUGGGCUCAAAUUUUUCAAGGAUUUCAUGUGGCUGUGUUGUAAUGAAAUGCGUGUUUUUUAUUUUUCCUGUAGGUGGAUUAUGCAUCUUUCUCACCAGCAGACAUGAGACUUAAUAACAGCGUGUUCCAGUGGCACUUUCGUAUGCCCGAGGUUUUCGAAGAACACAAAAAGAUCAUCAAUGCAAACCGUGUUCAGUAUGAGAACAGCCUUAAGGUACUUUGAAUUGACUACAAUUAUUUUGUUUUCUUUAAUCUUUUUGCAGUCAACUCUCUUUAAGACAGACACCUAUGAGGCUGGCACUAAUAAGGGCGCUUUUCAUUUGUCAGAACUCACUGGCCAGACCCAAGUCCUGUCAUAGUGACAAUUUCACUAUUAAUCAAAACUAUCAAACCAGAUCAGUCAAAUCCUAAUUAGGACUAGUGUGCAGAGAGGAGAUAGUUUUUUUUUUUAGCAGAAACACUUGGAAAAGCCGGUUUCAUUGUCAAAAUGACUGGUCUGGCAGUGGUCCGGCUAGCCACUUCUGUCAAGUGGAAAGUAUCCUAAUAGAGAUGUUCGUCUUAGAGAGAGUCAAAUAAAAAGAGUAAAGGAAGGCAGGGACCAACUCUAGGUGUCCGUUUUACGGAGGUGUCCAUUACGAGGGAGUUGCCAGUAAUAAAGUGUCUGUGUAAUUUAAGCCUGAUCAUUCUUCUCCGCCUUCAGCAACACUGGAACUGUUAAAAUGAGUGGCACAACAUUACAAGAUAUGGUCACCCUUUUAAAAGUCUUUUCUUCACCUAGAUGCGGCGUGAGCGGUUUGUGGAAGAGUUGGAAAGUUACUCUAAGCAGCUUGAAGAGUUCCAAUCAUUUGGAGACAUGCAGGAGAUCCAGCGGUACCUUAAGAAAGCGCAAGCUCUGAACCAGAGGCUAGAGUCAGCAGCAGACAAGGUUUGAUUGAUUUUACUCGCUCAUUCGUGACCUUAAAUCUUUAAGUAACUGCAACAUAGAAAAUACAAUUCUGUUCUAGCCUGCGCAGGCCAUUAUUUAAUUGCUUUAUUCAUCACGUGCUGGUCUUUUUUAGAUUCUUGCCUUUAACCAAGAAGAAGAAGCUUUUGAAUGGGAUGUGACGUCGUAUCCUCAGCGUCAACAACUGAUCAACACCUUGAAUCCUUACUUGAAACUUUAUGAAACAACUGUGGAAUUCCAAACCAAAUACAAGUAGGUGGAAAAGUUUAACUCCUUCUUUCAUAUAGUAGUUUCCUACUAAAAACACCAAGAGAAGAAUUAUUUGUAAAGCAAUCAGCUUGAUGAUCAUUUCCUAUAUUCUCAUGACUAUUGAGUUUGAUAGGUAACGAUGUUGCUAGGAGAACGUAGAUUCUGGUCAUCGCUUAAAUUGUGUUCUGUUUUUAGGGAGUGGAUGGAGGGACCUUGGGGAACAAUGGACCCAGAUAAAGUUGAUGGCGAGACUGGAAACUUCUGGCGUGCUCUUUAUAAGCUGGAGAAACAGUUUACUGAAGUACCAAAUGCACAGAAGAUUGCAGCUAGGGUAAGUAAGAUACUUUACUCCUUGUACAGUUGAACCCUCUUCAACGGCCACUUUGGGGACAGAAGAAAGUGGCCAUUGUAGAGAGGUUUAAACAAGAGUCAAUGUACGGACUGUCCGCCAAAAAAGUGGCUGUUGUGGAAACGUGGCCGUUAGUGGAGGUUUGAUUGCAGGAUCUAGGGGAGGAACACGGGGGGGCGGGCCCCCCCUUAUUUUUAGACCAAAAUGAGGCCCGAAGAGCCGAAAAAAAUUUUUUUGAGGCCUGUCCCCACCCCCUAUCUCAGGGUCUGGAUGACCGCUCCACCACCCCCUUAUGUGAAGGUCUGGAUCUGUCACUGGACUGUAAUCAGUUUGAAGGAGAGAGAGAGAGAGAGAGAGCUCAUGCUUCUCAAAUUGUAUAGCAUAAUUUUUUGUACUGAUUUGGUCAUAGACAUAGACAUAGACUUAGAGAGAAAGUUUAUUUUACCACGAGGUACACAGGAGUCGCAACUCGUUAAAACGCUUAACGUGAAAAAAAAAAAAAGAAAGGUCGAAAAACUACUAAAGAAAUCAAUUAAUUAGUUACAAACUGCCGGUCAGGAAUAAUUAUUUUUUACGUACAAAAAAUUGCUAUGAUAAUUGUAAAUAAUUUGUUAAUUAUGUUUGUUAUGGUUACAGAUGAAAGCCAAGGUGGAUGAGUUUAAAGAGCACCUCCCCUUGGUUCAGGUGCUGUUCAACCCAGGCCUUCGCGACCGUCACUGGGAGCAGAUGUCUGAGAUUCUGGGGUACCCUCUUAAACCUGAUGAAGACACUAACCUUGCUAAAAUGGUGGAGAUGAACCUCGAGCCAUACCUGUCCCAGUUUGAGACCAUCAGUGAGGCGGCUAGUAAAGAGUUCUCUCUUGAGAAAGCCAUGGAGAAGAUGGUUCGCGAGUGGGAUGAGGUAUGUAGUGAUAAACUGGAUACUGAUUCAUUUGGUGGAUAACUAUUUUAAACUUUGGGAUACUGUUGCCUCCUUUAUUGAACCUUUAUCGCUUGUUACAAAACUCUAACGGAUACAAGGCAGGCGCUUGGAAGUAGUGGGCGAAAGAGAGAACGGGUGCGCGCGAGGGAGACACACGAGGGGUGAGGAGCUCCCUCUCCCCUCGCGUGUCUCCUUCUCGCGCGCCCGUUUUUUUCUUGUGCCCACUACUUCCAAGCGCCUGCUACGCAGGCCAACAAGAUAUCCGAACAACGUCUAGCCUGCGAACCGCAGACGUAUUUCCGGUCGUCGUUUGUUUUUCUUGGCGGGUGAAACUAGAAACUAGAGCCGAAAAAACCGGAUGCUUUCGCAUGAUAAACUAAGUGACGUCUUUACUGGUAAGCUGCCUUCGAUUGAUUUCUUAACUCGUUUCACUGUUCUCUGAUUUCAGAUUGAGUUCGUCAUGAUCCCUUACCGUGAGACUGGUACUCAUAUCUUGUCCUCGAUCGAUGAUAUCCAGACCUUGUUGGAUGAUCAGAUCGUCAAAACACAGACAAUGAGGGGAUCACCAUUCAUCAAGCCAUUCGAGACUGAAAUCAAGUAAUGAUGAACAGCUCUAGAUACUGUCAAACUAAGAAACUAAGAAGAUUGUGAAUAGGGAGUCUUGUUCAUAUUUUGACCAACUAUCACGUCGAGCAAACACCUCAGUAAUACCGUUCUAGUAUCUUAUGCUUGAUUGGCUCAUUCGGCGUGACGGAAUAACAUUCUAGAAAUAUUUCUGGUGAUGGUUUUUGUAAUGUGUCAAUCCAAGUGUCCUGCGCAACAACCCCGUUCGCAUGUUUCUCUCUAACUCGUCCUCCGGGGCAAGGAUGAGUAGAUGCCAGCGCACAUUACUGACUUAUCGUCAGCUUGCUUAAAGAUGUCGCAAAUAGUGGCAUAAUAUUGUUCUCAGAGGAAUGCCAUCUGUAGAUUUUUAGAGUUAAUUCAGUUUUACCAACUUUGAGACUUUUCAAAAAACGUCUUUAUUGCGGAAGAUAUCAUGUACUAAUUACACUGCUAAACCUCAAUCGUUUUAUACUAUUCUAGGGAAUGGGAAAGUAAAUUGAUGCUGACACAAGAAAUCAUUGAUGAAUGGCUAAAAGUGCAGGCCACAUGGUUGUAUUUAGAGCCAAUCUUCAGCUCCCCUGAUAUCAUGGCUCAGAUGCCUGAGGAGGGAAGGUCAGUACCCAUUUUUACUCCUUAGUUCCCUGUUAUGUCCUGGAGGAAAGUUCAGUAUCUGUUAUUUUCCACAGAUUUCUUAAAGAAGGAAGGUAAAUUGUUGUUUUCUCGUAUUUUCAGACGUUUUAGUACUGUUGACAAGAACUGGAGAGAGAUAAUGAAGGUGGCAGUUCUGGUGAGUGUAGCAUCAAUUUGCUUCAUCCACUUGAUUAGGUUCUAUCAUAAUUAUACAAUCAUCAUCAUCAUCAUCAUCAUCAUCAUCAUCAUCAUCAUCAUCAUCAUCAUCAUCAUCAUCAUCAUCAUCAUCAUCAUCAUCAUCAUCAUCAUCAUCAUCGUCAUUGUCAAUAACAUCAUCAUCGUUGUCGAAAACAGCAUUGCUAUCAUUCUGUCAAAAUCCUCAUGCAUGGUCGUCAUUUGAACCGUUAGUAUUUUAUCAUUUUUGUUGUCAUUUUUUCCUCAACAUCGAAAUCAUAAAUCCGCUUGUGUAACAUUUCGUUUGUGACAUUCUCUCUAUAGGACCGUCAUGUCCUCACUGUUGUAGCCAUUGAAAAGAUGUUGGAGCGCUUGAAGAAGUCCAACGAGCUGCUUGAACUCAUCCUAAAGGUACAUUUACUGUCAGUUGAUGUGUUUGUAGGGACUUUUAUUUUUUGUUUUGUUCCUAAUAAUUUCGUUAAUUCUUUUACAGGGACUGAAUGAGUACUUGGAGAAGAAGAGACUGUACUUUCCUCGCUUCUUCUUUUUGUCCAAUGAUGAGCUCUUGGAAAUUCUCUCUGAAACGAAAGAUCCAAAACGGUUCGUAAUUAUGCAUACUUGAUCCUUUUUCUAUUUAAUAUAAAAGAAAUUAUAUUGUAUUCUUCACCGAAAGGCCAUCUCUUGCGACCCUUAGGGUCAAAGUUCCGCAAAACUAAAGGUCAAUUUUACUAGAAUCAAUAUCAGAUUGUCCAGUACGAAGCAAACAAUUAAGGCAGAUGAAAAAUGUAAUUUGUUUCUCUCUUACAUACCUUGCCUUGAUCUAAAUAAUGUUAAGAACUGAUACGCAUUCCUGUAGUUUUGAUACAACCAUGAUAUGUGAUUGGUAUUCAUUAUUUUCACGUAGCCCAUAAUGCACCUCGUACCCCCCCCAAA